AUGGCACCUUCGGCGCGAGCGCCGCAAGGAAACGGAGUGCGCUCGCACGACGACUGGGUGGUGCAGGUGAACCAGAAAAUCCAUGAGGAAGCACAGAAGGCAUGCCAGUACAUCCCUCCGUACUUUCGAAGGAUCGACGCCUUUGGAAACCCCCGACACCCUUCCAUUUUCAGUCCUCGGCCGAAGGCGAACCGGCAUGCUGUUGCUAGCCCUCCACAUGCUGCGGGACAGCCAUCGGCGACGGAGACGACGGACGACGACCAAGUAGUCGUCGCUGCCGUCGGGCCGUACCACCGCUGCUCAGCAACUGCACAGCCGCAGCCACUCAUCACCUACGCGAACAAGUGUGGCAUCGUCAGGUACCUCACACGGUUCAAUCUGGACGUCGAGGGCUUCCUCAAAUGGGCGAAAGAUAAAGAAGGGCCAGCUCGCCUCUGCUACGAGCGGGACUCCUUCCAGAUGAGCUCCCAGGAGUUCGCCGAGAUGCUGCUGCUCGAUGGGUGUCUGCUGCUCUUCGCCGUCUUCCUUAUCAGGCCAAGCAUACGCGAGGACAAACUGCCGGCGAAACUGGCCCGCGACGAAGAGCACGGGAAGGAGUUCAGGGACCUGUCCGCAGACAUAUCCUUCCACAUGCAGCAAACUAGGCUGGACCUGCUGCUUCUGCACAACCAGAUCCCCUUCUUUGUGCUCACAGAGCUGCACAGGCGACUCAAGGACACCUUCUUUGCCGGCAUCACCCGCAGCUUUGAACAGCUCGCUCUCUCUUGCUUCCAGGACGUCCACCCGUUUGGUUUGAAAGAAGGCGAGAUGAGUCCCACUCCGAUGGCGACGGCAAACGGAAACGCCGGCUGGUUCCCACCAACAGUCCAUCAUCUCCUGCAUCUUUUCCAUUGGUCUCUGGUGCCCAGAGAUAAGCACGCCGUGGACACGGACUCCAUUCCGCCGAGGGAGCCAGAGUCGCACCUGCCGAGCGCGACCGAGCUGGAGGAGUCGUUCACCGUCUUCACCAAGCAGAAGAAGAAUGAUGCCAUGGGUAGCAGCAGCUCAUGCUGCUUUGACAUCACCUUCGAGAGCAGCAAGCUGCACACGGGUGGGAGCCAUCUCCGCUGCGGCCACGGCGUCACCGCCUACGCCAUCUGCAUGGCUCGCCUGCUGCAGAUCGACGCCGACGCCAGGUUGCUGAGGAACAGCGGGAUCCUGCCUUACACGCAGCGGACAGACAAGGAGAUCGUCGACAUGUUCAGGCUGCUGGUCGAUGACUGCAGGAAUACCUGCGUGCCAAAUGAUCUCCUUAAGCUCUGCAACGAUGUGGCAGCGCACCAUCAGAGCACGGGCGUCAGGGUCCUCAAAGGGUUCGUGAUGCAGUGCUUCCCCAGGCAGACGGUCACCUUCUUCGUCAUCUUUGCCGCCAUAAUCUCAUUUGCCACGCUCAUCAAUACCGUCCACUCAAUGUAUAGAUACUAUCACCCCCUCGGGCACCUUUCUCCCUUGGGAAGGUGA